CAAAGGACGCCAUUUAAGUCAAAACAAAAGAUAUGAUGCUCCGAGAACUCCAUCAUCCCAAUCCAACGGUCCAUAUUCCGCCUUGGCCUUAUCUCAACGAUGAUCUAAUGGCGGACAACCACUUCGGCGAUAACAGCAACCCGUUUUACCUACAGGAAGCUUUAGCGGUGCUGCAAUCUUACUUGCCGUCGGAGGAACCGGAUGAGGAGUCGGAUUCUGAGAUUUCGGGUUUAGAAAACCCGGAUUCUCCCGUUGAUGCCUACUCCUCCGAUCAUUUCCGGAUGUUUGAGUUCAAAGUACGGAGGUGCGUGCGUGGCCGGUCGCAUGACUGGACGGAGUGUCCGUAUGCUCAUCCCGGCGAAAAAGCUCGCCGGAGGGACCCGAGGAAGUUUCAUUACUCCGGCACAUCUUGCUCCGAUUUCAAGAAAGGGAACUGUCGGAAAGGGGAAUCAUGCGAGUUCGCUCAUGGUGUUUUCGAGAGCUGGCUCCACCCGGCUCGUUACCGGACUCUGCCGUGCAAAGACGGGUCGAGUUGUCAGCGUCGGGUAUGUUUCUUUGCUCAUACACCGGAUCAGCUUAGAGUCGCCAACUUUGCUGAUUCUCAUGAUAUUUCACCGGCUGAGUCGUCACCGCCUGUUUCGCCUAGUGGUCCUCUCUGUUCUGCGCCGUCUAUUAACAGCAUGGUCGCUUCUCUGAGGAACAUGAAGCUUGGUCAACUCAAGUCUCUGCCUUCACCUGGUUUCGGGUCUCCGAGAGGGGCAGCGAUCCGACCCAGUUUAUGUAGCCUACCUAGUACUCCGACGCGAAACGUGUCCCGUCCUGGAAUCGGGUACUUAGAUUUCUGGGAUGAUGAAGAGCCUGUGAUGGAACGAGUCGAGUCGGGAAGGCAUUUGCGUUCAAAAAUGUUUGAGAAACUGAGUAAAGACAACUCUUUAAUGACGGUCAACUCGGGUCAGUGUUACGAAAAUCCGGUCGUAGAUUGGGUGUCGGACCUGGUGAACUGAGUCAGCUUGCUCAAGCUAAUCAUCGUCUUCAUCAUUUAGCUCUCUUUAAUCUGUAAAUAGUUCCACCAGGAUAAGAGAAGAAAGUAGUAUUAUAAUAUUGGAGAUUACGAAAAUUCUU